GUUUUCUACCAUUGCACCUGAUUUCUGAGAUUUUUGAAAUAUAAUUUUGAUCGAUGAUUUUGACCUUAAUUUUAUGUCUCAAAAUAUCAUUUAAUAUGAUUUUGACGUAAAUCUUCAUUAACUGCCUGAGAAAUUCAAAGUUGAUAUAGUCUUGCAUUAUGUCAAAUUGUUUACUAAAACCAUCGUCAUCUUGGUUCCUCCGUCCAAAACAUCUGAGACCCAUUCCAAAAGAGUUUGAUUCCUGUGUACCUCAGCCUCCUAAAAUUCAAAUUUGUGUAACACCUGAAGAAGAAUAUUGCAUUCGUGAAUACUGUCCAGUAACUUUAAAUCAUCUCCUACCAGAUCUACAGCUGACAAAAAGACAAUAUGUUUCAAAAGCUUCCGAAGAAUAUGACAUGGAUUUACAAUCCAAGUUCGAAGAGCAUCUAGAGCAAUCGCACAGACUUAUUUCUUGUUCUUCUUCUUCGGAAACAGAAACAGAAUCUGACACUGAAAACAACAUUGACGAGCGCAUCGAAAAUAAUUUAAAUUCCCUUGGGAACAGCAAAGAAUAUAAAUCAAGAUCACGUAUGUUACUUCUUCCAAAUAAAAUUAAUUAUCCUGAAGACAGUAUGGACUGCCUUUUGCCAAAUCUUACCUUAAAUAAUAAUAGGGCAUCAUCACCGGUAUUCACUAAGAGCUUUUGUUCUGGAUGCAUUAACGAAAAGAAGCAAAAGAAUACCUCUGAUUCAAAUAUGCAGCUAACAGGUAGAUCAAAGAGAAGUAAAAAAUAUCAUUCAGCAAACACAACUUAUUCUGAGAAUUUAACAACGAGUUUACCACCUGUCACUAACAACAAUCAUUUGUAUAAAAUUUGUAAAAUUAAAUCCUCUUGCUCUAAAAGUCAUGCAUGUGAUCCUGAACUUGAUAAAGAAGUUUACAAGCCUCAUGUAACAUUUGCUAGCUCUACAGAAAAUAUUAACCAAUGUGUUUUAAGUAAGAGAAGAAGAAAAUCUACUUCACCGGUACGUAAAUCUUACCAAAUAGAACUUCCAGUCCCUAACUCUGAUGAACAAUCCUUGCACUGCACUCUGAAGAGAAGAUCUAGAUCGCAUUCUCCUAUGUAUACUAUAAAGCAUCCAAUUAUAUUACCACCGUCAGAUACCGAGGUUCAAAAUUUGAUUCCCCCUUCUCUACAUCUGCUUGAGCUUACGAGAUUGAAAAGAGAGAAGUUGAAAAUGGAUGAAAAGAUGUUGCUGAAACAGAGGAUGGCUAUGGAAGUAAACAGACUGAGACCUCCCAAAAACAAAUGGUAUAACUAUUAUUAUUUAUGA